CUCCUUGCGCGGCUGAGCAAAGUCCCUGGGGGAGGGGAUCGAGGCGAAGAAAAGAAAAUAGAUCAAGGAAGAAGUUAAAGACAAAGAGGAAGGAGUCAAAAGAGAAGUUCUGACUAAGAGACUCGUGGAACACGUGGAGCGUUAUGGAUAAAAUAGUUUAUUUUAAUGCUUGAAACUCAGAACGCUUGACAGUCAGAACAACAGCACAGUUUAUAGUCAGAUUUAAGACAUGGCAGAAUGAACGAUCAACUGUGUAAGGAUUAAAUAGGGUUAGACGCGUUUUCCCAGGGAUUUUCACCAACAACAACAAAAAAAAAAAAAAAACUUACCGGAACAUUAUGGAAAAUCCGAGGACAGCCAGUUCACAGAAGAUUUGGAAGUUCGUGCGGGAAUCUCUGCUGCUUUGCUUCUUUGCCGUGUUGACCGACAGGACCCAGAGGGGAACGGCCAUCUCAGGGAUCGUGUUUGGUGUGGUGUUUUUGAUGGGUGCAGUGGCCGCCAUCCUUCUGUGCAUCUGUAUGUGUGUGAAGAACGGGCGUGGGGCGAGAGUGGGUGUCUUCAGCUCAACAUAUAUCAACACUGUGACUCAGGGUUACCCAGGUAACACAACAACACACAAAAGCCUUCACACAGCACACUAG